AUGUCACAGGAUUCAUUGAGAGUGGUUGUUUGUGGCGAUGACUCGGUUGGGAAAUCCACACUAAUAACGUCUUUAAUAAGGCUGUCAUAUAUCCCUAACGUUCAAAAUGUUUUGCCUCCAAUCACAAUAUCAAAGGACGAUUACAUGAAUAGUGUGGGGGAAUAUACGCAAUUAAGCAGCGAAAUGCAAUCUCAUUUGAAAAACAGCGAUUCAAAGGAUAAGAAGAAGUUUAAGACUACUGGCAGCUCUAAGAUCCCAAAAGACAUUCCUCAUACUACUGUUAUUAUUGAUACGAACUCAUCAGAUGUUGUUUCAGUUCACAAAGAGUUGAAAAGAGCGGAUGUUAUAUGGCUCAUUUACUCAGACCACUAUACUUACGAGAGGAUUUCUUUAUACUGGAUGCCUACAUUUAGGUCAAUGGGUGUCAAUUUGCCAAUUGUACUAUGUGCAAAUAAAUCUGACUUAUUAACCACAGACGUUCCCUUGAAGACUCAAAACUCUGACGAGUUUGUACCAUUGAUAAAUGAGUUCAAGGAAAUUGAAGCAUGUGUAAGAUGCAGCGCAAAAACUUUAGAUAACGUCGUUGAAGCGUUUUAUUUAUGUCAAAGGGCGGUUACCCAUCCCUUGUCGCCCAUCUUUGAUGCGAAGGAAGGUAACUUAAAGCCUGCUGCAGUUGCUGCUUUGAAGCGGGUAUUCUUUCUUUGUGACCAAGACCAAGAUGGUUAUUUAAACUAUGAAGAGAUUGCUGACUUACAUCUGAAGUGCUUCGGUGAAAAGAUGUCACACGAUGAUUUUGAUGAAAUUUUAAGAUCUGUGGAUAAAAUCAUUUACCCACAAAACAAUGAAUCAAGCUCAGCAUUAUCAGAAGACGGAUUUAUCCUCUUAAAUAAGAUGUAUGCUGAAAAGGGCAGACACGAAACGAUAUGGUGCAUACUAAGGGCAUUUCACUACACCAACUCUUUAUCAUUGAACGAUAAGUUCUUAUAUCCUUAUUUGGAAGUAAAUCCAAACUCUAAUGUUGAAUUAAGUCCUACCGGUUACCGAUUCCUUGUGGAUUUAUUCAUCAAGUUUGACAAGGAUAAUGACGGAGGUCUUAAUGAUAGAGAACUUGAGACUUUAUUUCUUCCGACACCAGGAAUACCAAAGUUAUGGCAGGAGUUUCAGUUCCCGUCUUCAAUUGUGUGCAACGAAGAGGGUUACGUCUCGUUACAAGGCUGGUUAGCUCAAUGGAAUCUUACAACAUACCUCGAAUAUACCACUACUCUCGAGUAUUUGGCUUAUUUGGGCUUCGAUGAAAGUAGCUCCAUUAAAGCAUUAAAAAUAACAAGACCAAGAAAACGAAGGCAAAAGCAAGGCAAGUUUUAUCGGCAGUCUGUGAGUGAUAGAAAUGUGUUUAGCUGCUUUGUUUUAGGUGCUCCGAAAGCUGGGAAGAGCUCACUAUUGGAGCUGUUCUUGAGGGGAACAUAUAGUGAAAUAUACUCUCCAACAAUAAGACCUAUGUUAUGCGUGAAAGACAUAGAACUCAGGGGAGGGAAGCAAUGUUAUCUCAUAUUAGAAGAUUUAGGGGAAUUGGAGCCUGCAGUCCUAGAAAAUAAAAAGAGACUUGAUAAAUGUGAUGUGAUCUGUUAUGCAUAUGAUUCAUCAGAUCCUGAUUCUUUUCAGUAUUUAGUGGACCUUAGAGAAAAGUAUUCCCAAACUUUAGAUGAAUUGCCUGCUGUUUUCGUAGCACUUAAAGCAGAUCUUGACAAGCAGCAACAAAGAUCUGACAUGCAACCAGAGAACUAUACAAGAGCAUUGUUUCUCAGCUCUCCGCUUCACAUAUCAUCAGCAUGGGCGACAUCUUUGAACGAAUUAUUUAUACAGUUAGUAGAUGCUGCGAAAACGCCUAGUCAGUUUACACCUGGUUUGGAAACAGAACCGGAAGACAAUAACGACAAGAUGAAGCAUAUAAUGGUUGCCAGUAGCGUUAUUACCGUGAUGACAUUAGUAUCUGUUUGGAUAUGGAAGAGUUCUCUUCAAAGUUCUAAAGCAUGA